AUGGCUGCCUCAACCUCAACCUCCGCCUACCCCCACCCGCCUGAGCCCAUGGUGCGAACAGCGUCGGCAGAGGGCACCGUCCUCCUCCGCCAUCCGACCGCAGAUUUGCAGUCGCUGCAGGGAGCAUACGUCCAGAAUGUCGAGCGGCUGGAGCAGAGCGCUGAGAGGCUCAGCAUGGGCUCAGACAUUGCCGAAGAAAUUCGAAAGAUGCACUUAGAACAGAAGCUGGCUGAGAGCAGGCGGGGCUCUAUGCGGUCAGCAACAGUCGACGAGCAAAGAACUAUGCCGUUGACUCGAUCACGCAACACUUCGACCAGCUCGUACUUCAACUCGAUUGUGGACGUCAACAGCGCUGCCAGGUGUGGGGGUUACUCGCCGGGCGGCUAUGUAACCUCUCCAAUCGGCUCCGUCAGAUCAGGUUCUUGGUCUCAAUCCAAUCCCUCGCUAUACGGACAACGCUCGGCCUCGAAGAGUUCAAGACUGGGGCAUGUUACCCAGUUGGAGGACGGGCAAGGCGGGCAGGAUGCAACUGCAGGAGACAGUUCCAUACCUGUGUCAGCGCCCCGGCAACCUCGAGACUCGUCCUCAUUUUCCGCACAAUACGACCGAAUCGCGCAAGAGAUGGAACAAGAGUUGCAAUCGAUGCCGGCGAACCAAAUCCAGCAGAACGGCUCUGCGAGGAGCAGCAAGCGGAACUCGAGGGAACUACCUGCUGAUAUCCCAGACCGGCCUCCGACCGCCGCAUCCACUGAUACGUACCAGCAAGCGCGGACACUCUUCCACGACUUUGACGGUGUACACUAUGCCCCAACAAUUAAUGAAACCAUAGAAGAAGGCUCGAGCGGUGAGCACAGUCGUCAUACCAGUCAUUCAUCCGUACUUUCCAUGCUGCGCCAGCUACCUCAGCCGCAAAACGGCACCGAGCCUCCCCCUGGCGAAAACAUGGUCUUCUAUCCAGCGCCUGUGCCUCGAAUGCUCAACCUGCCCAAGCGACUGUCAAAGGUGCCGGACACCUCAAUUCAAGCGAAGCGCCGCACACAAAUGUUAGAUUCCCUGCCAGCGGAGGCCAGAAAAUCUGCCAUCUGGCUUGGGGACGAGCAACGUAACAGUUAUGAUUCCGUUGACAACACCGUCAACAAGAGGAGCCCGCGAAAGAGUGUCGGAAACUUCGCUAGUCUGCCUCCUCAGCUAAGAGCAAGCAUGUUCUUCGAUGCCCAAGGCGUCUCCCAAGAUGUCGAAGUCAAAGGUGAAUCCGCUGAAGCGACGCUCGACAGCAUCCUCGAAGCCUCCGCGCACGCUCCAGUCAGCGCAUUUACCGAUCACCCAUUCGCGGGUCACGUGGGCGAUGAAGUCUACGGGAGAGCGCAGGCUAGGAGGAGCACGGUGUCGAUCAUGCCCACCAGCAAACCUGAGAAUAGAAAGAGUCGGAACUCUUUCAGCCUGUUGCUUGGCCGGCGCUCUAACUCCUCCUCGGAUCAGCUCAACAAGCUCCAGAAGCACAACAGUAGUCGCCUCAGUGUCGGUACGCAGUUGGACGACCAUGCCACUCCAAACCACCACAUGGAUGGAGUUAGCGAGAACACUCCCCUUCAACAAUCCACCGACGCCGAUGACGAAGCGCGGCCUGCAGAUUAUCGCAACUACCCAGACGAGGACGGAGAUGGCCACCGCGACGACCGCUCCUUGCACUCCGACGAUGACCUGGUCGGAGGCCAUGUCCCUGAUCACGCCCCUGAUGACGACGACCACUAUGUCGACAAUGAGCCUGAGCCCGAACCCGAAUCCGCACCCUUUCACGGACCUCCCACAACGCUACUGGCGGAGCUUCAACUCCGCAAAGCCGCCCAGAAGCUCCGCAACCGCACAGCCGCCAACGCCUUUCCAAACGGCAUGCACAGCACCCUGCUCGAGCUCGACGCCGUCGCCCAGAUAGAGAAGAAGCGGCGCGAUAAGCACCACGUAACACUAGCCUGGGAAGACCCCGCCACCAAACACGAGGAACGCGACAGCGACGACGAGGACGUGCCGCUGGGUAUGCUCUUCCCAAGCCGCGACGGCCUGAUUAACAAGAAGGGCGUCCCAACGCAAGCGAACGGCAUGCGCGACUGGGACCGGCCGCUCGGCCUCAUCGAAAGGCGCGAGCUCGAAGACAACGAACCCCUCUCCUCCCGCCGCAACCGUCUGCGCGGUGUCGACCCCAACGCCAUCCGCCGCGAUCCUUCCCCCGCCAAACGCCCCAUGGACGCCCCCCUCGCGCCGCCACGAAGCCCAGACCUCCACCUCGCAGGCCAACCAGACGCGCCCAAGGAAGCGGACGACGAGGAAGAAACUCUGGCGCAGCGCAAACAGCGGCUCAAGGAAAAAGAGCACCUCGACGAAGCCAUCUCAAGCGUCAAACCCAAGUCCGUGAGCGGCGACUUCGCCUCCGAGAUGCUGAGCCGACUGGGUGUGCCCAAGAAGACGCCCUCCCCUUCCCCCUUACCCUCGCCCAAAGCCCCCGUGAACGAGGAAGAAGAGACGCUCGGCCAGCGCCGCGCCCGCCUCCGCGCCGAGGCCGUUGCAAACGGCAUGGGCAUGGAGCGGAAGAUUAGCGGCGGGAGUGCCGGCGCCGCAAACACCAACACUAACAACAACCUCGCCGUCCCCUCUACCUCACGGCCCGCCCUAAGGCCCUCGCGCAGCAUGGCAGACCUCCUUCUUAGUAACCCGAUCGGCGCGAACGCGGCGCGGAAAGUUUCGAGCGAGGCGCUCACGGCGGCGCUGACGCCGGGGACACUGCUCCACCAGAGCGAGCAGACGCAGGCGAAGCAUCGGGCCCAGAUCUACGACACGAAUAAGCGGAGCUCGAGUUAUGGGCUCGACAAGCCGCUGGUGGAUGUGCAGGGGCCGAGUGGGCCGCAAAACACAAGCACAGGUUUCAAAGGAGGAGCGUACAACUCGGGGACUGGUGGCGCUGGCGUAUCGCCGGGGCUGGGGUUGGGUGCGGGUGUGCCAAAUUGCUUCCCUGUCUCUGCGCCUGUGACUGGGAUGUACGCGAACGGCAACCAGAGCGGCUACUUCGGAGCCAUGGCCCCGAACCCGAUGAACACCGGCGCCAGUACGGCCUUCCCGCAAGCCUCUGGAUUCGGCUAUCCAGCCAUGGCCGGCCAGCAGAUGGGCAUGAACCCGUUCAUGUAUCCGCAGCAGUUACAGAUGCAGCAGAUGCAGCAAAUGAUGGGCGGGAUGGGGUAUCCGCCGCAGAUGGCGAUGCAGAUGCGGAUGGCGCAGCAACAGCAGCAGCAGCAUAUGCAGCAGAUGCAGAUGCAGAUGCAGCAGAUGGGGAUGAUGCAGACGGGGAUGGUGCAGGAGCAACCGAUGGACUCGGGGCAGAGGGAUCUGAUUGAUCGGUGGAGGAUGAGUGUUAUGCCGUGA